AUGGAAAGAUUGGUGGAGGAGUGUGAGCUGAACUGUCCUGAGGAGAAGCAGAUUCAGAUUUUGGAGAAAUGCCUGCCGCUUCUUCGUGCAGAUCGCGAAGUAGACGUUAGAUCUGUCGGAUUUCUACUGCUUGCGAGGAUACUAGAAAAAUGUAGCGCGCAAUGUCUCCGAGCAGCCCAGUCUCGGUUAGGAAAGAAACUAGUUGACAUUAAAAACGACCCAACUAUUUAUGGAGGAAUCUUCCUUAGACAGCUGCUUAUACGAAAUCCCCAGGUAGGGAACCUCCACGCUGAUAUUAUUAUGAGUAUCAUUAUGCACUUCAUCGACAUGACAGUGAAUAGCAGCGAUCCAACUCUAAGGGACUUAUCCGUUGAACUUUAUUCGAUUCGAUACGGUUGUGAUGCGCAAAUGUCGGAGAGACUUUUGGCUACCUUAGCAGCUUCAAUUACUUCAAGAUUGAUGUCCCAGGAAGAACGAGUGGGGAUGUUACCGCUGAAAUCUUUUUGCGUUCCAUCAUUACGUGAAGAUCUGUGUAAGCUCCUCUUCGAUAUCUAUUCGUCGACGUUAGGCUAUGCAAAGCAAGGACAAUACCUUUCACGGGAUAUGGUUAUGUCAGUUCUUGAAAGUGGUUUAAAUGAUUCUGUACUACGCAGUUCCGCACUAGGGACUAUUCGUUCGCUUUGCAGUAAUGGCAGAAGCACUUUUUUGCCAUUGAUACCUCGAGUAGUCAUGUUGCUUAUUUCAAAGCUAGAUGGACCGAGUGAUGCAUUAUUCGACACAUUAGCACACAUAAGUCAAAUCUAUGGCAGUGGUUCAACCUUGUUUCGCCAUUUCUACAUUGUGUUCAGUUCUAUGAAACAUCCAUUAGAUGAGCAGUUGUACGGACCGUCUGCAGCUCGGCUUAUAUCCUCGGUUAUUGAAACGUCGGCAUUCUUAAUAAAACCUGAGGUCCUGUUGUCCAUUCAGCGCAAGAUAUGCGAAGAAAUUAUACGAAACCCAAAUUCUACAGUGUAUCGUGAGAUUUUAACUUCAUUCUUGAGUUGUACACAUGAACUUGUGCCACCUCCUAUACAUAUUGCAAGGACAAUUUUGUCGAGAUGUGCCGAUUCCUGUGGCUUGAAGGAAUUACAGGCUCUCUGUGACGUUAUCGCCAGGCCACGAAUACAAAUCUUGGCUUGUCACGAAGUUAUUCGACGUAAAGCCGUUAGAAUAGAACAGCCACGUGAUGGGUUUGAGGAAGAGUUUAGAAGUCAGAAUUCGACAGUAUCGUUAGAAGAUUCAUUCAAAGAAAAUAUGGACUGCUCUCACAAGGAUGAAGAAACAGUACAGGAGGCAGUUGCAUCUAUAGAAAGUAUGGCAAUUACGAGCAAAACAGCAGCACUAGUAGACAGCACAGCUGCAACAGAAGUCAUGGAUGAAUGUGGGGCUUGCACAAAUCUCUCGAGCGCAGCAUCGCCAGUAUCUAAAUGUGCUGAAGACAAGAACUCCUCUAUUGUGAAGUUUGAAUCACCUUCCUCCUCGAAACGAAAUGUUGCCUUAGCAGCGGAAAGACAAUCUAAAAUCAGCACAGAAAGUGAACAACCGGUCCCUAAAAAGGCGAAGUUCUUAAAGUCGAAGAAAGAGAAGCCUGUCGAGAGAACAACUCUGAUGGAUGGUGAAGCUUCAGUUGAAGAAAUCCUUGAGAUGUUCUGUCCAGAGUAA